CCAAUCUCACAGAGACGGUAUUGAGAGGCUGAGAGAAAUCUUGUUGUCUUUGCCAGUUUUUUGCUGCUGUACUCUUGUGAUCUGUUUGGAUUUUGCCUCUGCCUUCAAUUUGGUCUGGAUUUUGCUCGUGAUUGACUGAGAGUGGACUGAGAGUUGCCCAGUGCCAGUGGUGGAGUACCUGGGUGCGGGAGCCAGCAGUCAUGGGCAACGCUGCCGGGAGCAUGGAGCUGCCCCUGGGGCGGGAGGCCAAGAGUGUAACGGCCACCCCUGCCCCAGUGGCCCCACAGAAGCAGCCUGCACCCCCCAAACUGCCCAUGCCACCAGAGGAGGAGCUGGAAGAGCGCUUCAGCGUGGUGCUGAACUCCAUGAACCUGCCGCCGGACAAGGUGAAGCUCCUGUGUCAGUAUGACAAUGAGAAGAAGUGGGAGCUGGUCUGUGAUCAGGAGCGUUUCCAGGUGAAGAACCCUCCUUCUGCCUACCUGCUGAAACUCAAGAGCUACCUGGACCAAGGCGGGGUCACACGCAAGUUUAAGAGGCGUGUCCAGGAGUCAACCCAGGUCUUGAGAGAGCUUGAGAUCUCCCUGAGGACCAAUCACAUUGGUUGGGCCCAGGAAUUCCUCAAUAAUCAGAACAAAGGUCUGGACGUGCUGGUAGACUACCUGUCCUUCGCCCAGUGUGCUGUCACGUAUGACAUGGAGAGCAUGGAUAAUGGGGGAUUACCAGCAGACAGGGGAAAAUCCCUGGACAAAUCGGUGGAAGACCUGUCCAAGAGUGCCAGUAACUCACCUACCCAUGGUGCCUCAAAGGCUGCCCGUGCCCUGACGGUCCGGUUCAACUCCCUGCACAGCAGGAAAGCUCUCCGGAACUCACGCAUCGUCAGUCAGAAGGACGAUGUGCACGUCUGCAUCAUGUGCCUGCGUGCCAUCAUGAACUACCAGUCUGGGUUCAACUUGGUGAUGACCCACCCACGUUGUGUGAAUGAGAUCACCCUCAGCCUAAACAACAAGAACCCCAGGACCAAAGCACUUGUUCUGGAGCUGUUAGCUGCGGUUUGCCUGGUGAGGGGAGGCCAUGACAUCAUCCUCGCUGCUUUUGACAACUUCAAAGAGGUGUGUGGGGAAAAGAACCGCUUCGAGAAGCUCAUGGAAUAUUUCACCAAUGAAGACAGCAACAUAGACUUCAUGGUGGCAUGCAUGCAGUUCAUCAACAUUGUGGUCCACUCUGUAGAAAACAUGAACUUCCGAGUGCACCUGCAGUAUGAGUUCACCCACCACGGGCUGGAUGAGUAUCUGGAGAGGCUGAAGUUCACAGAGAGUGACAAGCUGCUGGUGCAGAUCCAGGCUUACCUGGACAACGUGUUUGACGUAGGGGCGCUGCUGGAGGAUGCAGAGACCAAGAACGCCCUUCUAGAGCAUAUGGAGGAGCUACAGGAGCAUAAUGCACAGCUAAGUGCCAGGCUGCAGGAGAGUGAGAGCGAAGCCAUGGAGAAGAUUGCAGAGCUGGAGAAGCAGCUCAUUCAGGCCACCAAGGAAGCAGAGGUGCUCAAGGAGAGCCUGCGAGAGUCAUGUGCUCAGGUGAGCACCCUGCAGCAGAGAGAGAGAGAGCGGGAGCUGGACAGGGACAGGGAGAGGGACAGGGAGAGGGACAGAGAGCGUGCUUCUCAAGCCUCCUCAGAGCUGGAGCUCAAGGUCCAGGAGCUGCAAGACCGGGGGCUGAUUCGCUUGGAGCGUUCCGCAUCUGGAGUCCUGGAUAUCCAGGUGGUGCCUAUUACUGUGAUAGAGCCCAUCCCCAUACCUGCCACUCAUACAGCAGGUUCAGGUGACAUGACAACCGUUGAUGCCCCUUCAGCUCUUCCUCUUCCCUCAGUCCCGCCUCCUCCCCCAGCCCCUCCCCUCCCUGCAGCAACAGAGGAGCCCUGUGAACAAACCCAAGCUCCACCUCCCCCUCCCCCUCCCCCUCCACCUCCACCCCCUCCCCUGCCUUCCUCCCUUGCCCCACCUCCUCCCCCACCCCCACCCGGAGGUGGCCCUCCCCCACCUCCUCCACCACCUGGGAGUGGACCUCCACCCCCUCCAGGUGAAUUACCUGCUGGUGCUCCAGGCAUUAAAGGCAAAAAGCCUAUCAAGACAAAAUACCGCAUGCCUCAGUUCAACUGGCAGGCCCUCAAGCCCAACCAAGUUACCGGAACCGUCUUCAAUGAGCUGGAUGAUGAACAAGUGUUAGAGGAGCUGAACAUGGAUGCCUUUGAGGAGAUGUUUAAGACUAAGGCUCAAGGGCCUCCGGUAAACCUGGGCACCCUGAAGGUGAAGGUGACCCAGAAGACCCCCAGCAAAGUCUCCCUGAUUGAGCCCAACAGAGCCAAGAAUCUGGCCAUCACCCUGCGCAAGGGCGGCAUGACCGCCUCUGAAAUCUGCACCGCCAUAGAGAUGUACAACCAGCAGGCCCUGAGCCUGGACUUCCUGGAGCUGUUGGAGCGCUUCAUCCCGACGGACUACGAGCUGAAGCUAAUCCAGAAUUACGAGCGGGAGGGGCGACCGCUGGACGAGCUGUCGGAGGAGGACUGCUUCAUGAUGCGCUUCAGCAAGAUCCCACGCCUCUCGCAGAGGAUCAGCACCCUCACCUUCAUGGGCAACUUCCCGGACAGCGUUCAGCUGCUACAGCCGCAACUGAACGCCAUCAUCGCAGCGUCAAUGUCCAUCAAGUCCUCCACCAAGCUGAAAAAGAUCUUGGAGAUCAUCCUGGCUUUUGGGAACUACAUGAACAGCAGUAAGAGGGGGGCUGCCUACGGUUUCCGCCUGCAGAGUCUGGACCUGCUGCUGGACACUAAAUCCACGGACCGAAAGCAGACAUUGCUGCACUUCAUUGUCAGCAUCAUCCAGGAGAAGUAUCCUGAGCUGCAGUCCUUCCACUCUGAGCUGCACUUUGUGGACAAGGCUGCCCUGGUUUCUUUAGACAGCAUCCUGCAGGACGUUCGCUCCCUGGAGAGGGGCAUGGAGGUGACCCGGAAGGAGUUCAUGGUGCAGGAUGACAACCCUGUGCUGAAGGACUUCCUGAAGAACAACAGCCAUCUGUUGGAUACACUGGUGACCGAUGGCAAAACUGCCCAGGAGGCAUACAAGUCAGUGGUGGAAUAUUUUGGGGAGAAUCCAAAGACCACACCACCCUCCAUGUUUUUCCCUGUGUUUGUGCGAUUCAUCAAGGCCUACAAGCAAGCGGAACAAGACAAUGAGCAAAGGAAGAAGCAGGAGGCCAUGAUCAGUGAGGAAGUCGGAGAGGCGCCUGCCACCCCUGCCAAGACUGAGUCCACAGGACACAAGUUGCCUAUGAUGCCCAAGCUGCCCCAGAUGGAUUUGAUAGCAGAGCUGAAGAAGAGGCAAGUGAAGCCCUUGGUCAGAGAAGGCAAAGAUGGGGCCAUAGAGGACAUCAUCACAGACCUGAGGAAUCAGCCUUACAGACGGACAGACCUGGGCCGGCGAAGCAGCAAGAAGAAACCAGGACAGCAGCUGCAGGUGUCUUCUGACAUCUCGCUGUGACACACCUGAGCUCACUUGUCCACAUGCCACUGACAGAUUCACACACAUACACACACAUGCACACACACACACACACACUAGCAUGCACAGUAGUACCAGCCAAAAUAGAACCCUCUCUUCCCUUCACAGAAUGUAUACAAGCCCCUCUGACCCCACACAGAACAACUGGAGGUCAGCUCUAAGAACUGAAUUUGCUUGUGUGAACGGUGCUUUAAAAAACUUCAACUUUUUUUUAACCAUUGUCCAAUGCCAGAGGUCAGACAAACUGUGUGACUGUUAAACACAAGCCUCUACCUGGGGAGGCUGCACUGAUACUCCAUUGCACUCUUUAAUAAGGCUGCUACUUUAAUCCUGCUGUAAACCAAUACCUGUGCAGAUCACAGAUAGGGUUAUAACCUUCAGAAAGGGCUUUGACAUGGCAGAUUAGAUUCAUUGGGGUGUUAUGUGAGCCAUACUACUCACUUACACACCUCACCUUUGCAGCUAUGAUGAUGUUCUAUUACACUGAAAACAGAUGCUUGAGACUGGAUCUGACCAAAGCUGGACAUAGCAUCAGAUAAAUGCAAGGUCAGCCUGUGUCUGUGUAUCUGCCUCUCUCACAGCCCCCUCACUUCAGCUCCUAGUGUGGGAGGACUCAAGAUUCCCUAGAUGUUCUGAGAGACAACAGCCAUUUUUUUUACAAUAUAUAAGAAUGUGAGUUCUGGUUUUUGAACUCUAGCAACUAGCGAUUACAGAAGUCUGUAAUCAUCUCAUUCACUCAAUCAACAUUGGCUGAUGUAUAUGUUAAAAAAUAUUAUACCAGUAAUCACUCAUGAUCAUAUACAUACAGAUGAUGCAUAUAGUAAAAGAAGCCCUUAGGACUGUCUGAACCAGUUUCUCAUGGUUGUCUGUUCUAUAAAUGGCAUGCAAUCAGCUGUGACAUGAACCUCAAAUGAAAUUGCAAUCUACUGUAAAUGAGCAAUACUCUGUAGUCCCUCGCCUAUAUGCUGUAGAAGAACUUUGCUCAGGUGCAAGCCUAGAAGACAAUUUGUAUUAUACUGAAAAUAAUUUUUUAAAUAUGUAUGUGUAACAAUUUCCCAACCUUUUUAAAGCCUUACUUUGGAUGGGAUUUGUUACUUAUGUUUUGAACUAAUGUGGAUUUUUAUACCGUGAUGUAAUU